AUGGAUGCCACCACAUUAGCCCACAGAAAAAAUUUAAAAACCUGGACCAACAACCUACAACAGAUGGCAUCUGAUAAUACAAACGGUAUCAAGCAUUUAAUUUACCUUUGGAACAGCUCCCAUAAAGACAGAGUGGUGAUAAGUGAUCCAUACACCAGGUUACUGCUGAGGCGAUAUGCUGGUGAGCAACCACCACUGAUAGAGGCAGAAGUAACAAAACUGUUUGACCUCCUUGGAUACCACAACAAGGAGCUCCAGGCUUUAGUGCAGUCAUUUGGGAGGUCUGAAAUAGCACCACCACCAUACAGACCCUUCCUAAAAAAUUUGGCUUUGGACAGUCCAAUAUGUGGCAUGUUCCAUCCAUCUGACCACCUACAACGGAUCAUACAGAAAAUGAAAAUAAAAGAUCCAAAGUCAUCGCCAGAGUUACUCGAGGAGCUGCAAAUGCAGUUACCAUUGGUUUACAAGUUGGUGUGUUCAAUCAACCAUACCCCAUACCAUUUGGUGGAAUUGCUAGAGUCCUUAGUUGAAAAAGCAGCAAACAGUUAUCCUGAAAACACCACUGCCACUUCUUUGAUGGACAAUCACCUUCUCAAGGACAGCUUUUUCCCAUCACUCCUACCAUUAAGAUCUCGAGGGACCUACAAGAUGGAUUUUACAACUAAUAAAAAGGGCAAAUACGAAUGCACAAAGAGCAAAGGACACCCUAGUUUGCUACCUGGUGUUUUCUGCCUCUUCUGUGAACAUGGUAUAUGUCUUGAUGUAACUGGAAAUACGAGUGACAUGAUUUCUUAA